UGAAACGCCGCCGUCUGUUCAACGCUGAGGCUCCUCAACAGCUUGCUCUCUCUUUUUCUCUCUCUCGAUUCCAAUCAUUUCCUGGAAGACAAAAACGACUUCAGAAAACACGCGUUUCCAUUUCACACACUCGUAGUCGUAGAAUCUAGAAUUUCCCUCGACUUUCUCCCUAAGAUUCCCCCAAAAUUGGUGAACACAGCUCUUCACACUUCGGAAGCUCCUCCUCCCUCCUCGGGCGAUUCGAUUCGUCUUCGUUUGAUUCUGGAUGUUUCGAUUUCGUGUUGAGGAAUGAUUGCGCUCUGCUCUUUCAGCUCUUGUUUAUUGGGUUUCUUCGAUCUCUCCUCAAACCCUCUUAAAUCCCCUCCGCGCUCGGAUUCGCCUCUACAAUUUUGAGUCUCUAGUGAUUGCAAGCAACUAUGUAUCACGCGAAGAAGUUCUCGUCUGCAACGAUGGUGCCGCAUAAACCUCAAGGUGGUGGCGAACAAGUUGGAAAUGUUGGGGUUUUGGAUGGAUCUGCGGUGAGGAAUGCGGGACCUGCUAGUUCUGGUGGAAAUGGGAAGCAGCGUUUGCGAUGGACAUCUGAACUUCAUGAUCGUUUUGUGGAUGCCAUUACGCAACUUGGUGGACCAGAUAGAGCAACACCAAAAGGUGUUCUGCGAGUGAUGGGUGUACCUGGACUUACUAUUUAUCAUGUUAAAAGCCAUUUACAGAAAUAUCGUCUAGCAAAGUACUUGCCUGAUUCUCCAGCUGAUGGUAAAGACUCUAAAGAUGAAAAAAGGACAUCUGGAGACACUGUUACUGGCAUAGAUUCUUCUCAGGGGUUGCAAAUCAAUGAUGCUCUAAGAAUGCAGAUGGAGGUUCAGAAACGUCUUCAUGAACAGCUUGAGGUGCAAAAGCAGUUACAAAUGAGAAUCGAAGCGCAGGGGAAAUACUUGCAGAAGAUCAUAGAGGAACAGCAGAAAUUAGGGAGUACCUUGACAAAUUCAGACACAUUGCCAUUGUCCCACGAUAAGCAAAAUAAUCCCCCGUCAGAGCCUUCUGGAUCAAGCGAUGCCAUCGCAGAUUCCAUGUCUCCACUCAAAAAACAGAGAAUCGAUGAUGGUUCAAAGGAUGGCUUUGCUGCUUCUCAGGUGACAACAAAGACUUCACAAAAGACUGAUUGUAGUGUUGAUCAGUUGGACUCAUGAAAAUGAGAAUGGGUUUGGAUUUAAUUCAGAGACCGAAAAGUAAGAAGAUAAGGAGAUUGAGCAGUAAGUAGGUUCCAUUGUAUUGUCAACAUUGGUCCCAUUGCAUUGUCUAGUAUAUUUUUCUCUUAAGAGAUGCAAAUCAUCCAUGUGUAAAUUAUAUUUCUUGCAAUCCAUUUGUAUAUAUUAAUGUAGAUAUAGUAGAUGCAUUCUUGUCUCCUGCUGUGGAAGUCAAACACUGCUUUCACUAAAGGGAAAUCAUACAUGUGGUUAUGCAUAACAUAUGAAUGUUAUUGUGGUGGUGUGGUCCAUAUCAAAACUAUGGCUUACCUAGUGAAUUAGUGAAUGCUCAACACUAUCCAGUGAUUCCAGUAGGAUAAGCCAAGCCCUAGGCUUGGUUGUUGCAAA